UUGUCUCUCAACUUGAAGAUUGGAAGGAAACAAUCAAACUGAUGGGAAAGCACCGAACUAGCACCGAAAACAAAAAAGACGAUAUUUGCAAGAGCUUAUCAAAAAUGCUGCACCUCGUUCUUUGGUCCGUCACUGACGAUGAGUAUUUAAUUGAAGAGCUGAUUCUCAAAGACCAACAGAAUCGACAAGAAGUGGAAAGGGCAACUGCCUCACUUGAAUCUUUUAUUGGCCACUUGUUUAUGGCCAAUGAAAUUGAGAAAUUGGACAUCUGCAGAGCGACCGUCCUCGUCUUGAAAGACGGAGAAGACCUUAGCCCUUGGCGUCUCGCCUUUGGCAAAAAACAGGAUCAGCAAUUAUUGGUGGAUAAGCAGAUUGACAUUUGGCAAGAAUGUGUUUCAGAGAAAAAAUUUCAUUUGCCGAAAAUGGACAGUUGGAAAGAAAAAUUUCAGAAGAAAAAAAUUUCUUCCAAUAGCAAGAGCGCUGCUGCAUUUGUGGAGGUGCUUUUAACUACGUCGUCUCAUUCGAUGCUCCAACUGCGAUUGGCUGUUGCGACCCAACUUUUGGACCAGCAUAUGAAACCUUUGGAGGAUAAGGCCAUGCUGGAACGUUGGUCUGGACUAAUAGCAACAAUUUCGACUUGGUCGGAAGUCCAAACUAAUGAAGAAAUAACCAGUCGGCUGGUAGCUGUUGAAAUCUGCCUCAUUCGUCACCUUGCAGCAUUCAUAGGACGAUGGCUUAAGCAGAAAAAAGUGAAAAAAUCGAUUGAAUUCAAUUUCAAGGAGAUAAUUAAUCAAUUGAGUGUCGCUGCCAAUUUCCUCGGCCGGACCGAGGUUCAAGCCAACCUCCUGGUUUUUGGUGGCCUAAUGCACUUGGCAAAAACCAGCAGCACGGAUACAGUUAUAGACGAACUAAAUCCAUUGCAUUUCGUGGCCCAAUACAUUCAACACUUGAUAAAUAGUGUCAGUAAGAAAGAGGCGACCAAAAUUUACGGAUUAAAGAAGCAACCUAUUAUCCAAGUUCUUUAUUCGAACGACGACAAGGAUCAACAGCAACAAGAGCAAGUUUUCACUACUCUGGAAAAGGCUUACGUAGAGCGCUGGCUUCAGACCAAGACCUGCUUCCAAAGCAACGACCGUAUCCGAGAUCUCUAUGAGAAAAUUCAAUCCGUUAAGAAGGGAAGAACGAAAGAAAAUCGCCUUUUUUCUUCGGUAGGGUUCGAAUUAUUUACCAGAGAAGAGAAGAGGUACAUUGUCAUCGUAGGCAGAGAUGUCGCAGAGGAGUUGCUACGAACCCAACAGCCUUUGUCUUACAUGCAUGUCUUGAAAGAGAGGGCAGUUCAAAAAAUCUACCAGAGUUUUUUAAAACACUUUUAUCCGGAACAGAGUACAGAACUGCUAGAUCGUCAACCCAACACCGCAGAGGCACAGAACCCACAGUCAAAUGAGCCGAUGGAUCCGCAUGACAAGCAAAAUUGCAUUGACGAAUUCCAGCGAGCAUUCAAUAGAGCUCAUUUCUUUGCCAAACGAGAAGGUGUUGAAUUCGAGUGGCUCAUUUGGUUGCAAGAAACCGUGUUGAGGUCCAUCAUUUCGACUCGGGACCAAGUGGGAUUGGCUCUGGUAACCGAAAUCCUUUUGUCCUCAAUCGAGUUCACGCCCGAGCAACUUUUCAGUUGGACGACGAUGAGCCGACCCCACCGCUGGAUCGACGACGCCUUGGUCAAUUCCAUCAUCAACGCCACAGCCCAGUUGAAGACAAAACCGCCGACAAGAAAUGCUGCUGGUGGCAAUCAACUAAUAGAUUCGCUCAAGUCUGAUUUGCAAUGUUGCUUGAAAUCCCAUCAACAGAAAGGAAGGACCGUUCUCAAAAUUUUCCUCCGCAAGUUGGAACAAGAGGCUAAGCUGCAUUCGGCGGGUGAUCACAUCGAUUUGUUAUUCGUGACUCGAAUCGUUGCCGAAAUAAAAGCUCUACAACGCAUCGACGACAUUGGGCGAUUCCAGGAAACUUCUCUCAGGCAAUGGAUGAGGCUGAUUCGACACGCUCGUCUUGCCGACGAUUGGCCGUCUUCUUUGACUGAUCAAUUGACCACUAUCCUCGAUCGACGCUUGGGCCAUGACAAAACCGACCGUUUCCUCCAGCGGUUCAAUUCAAAAUUUUGUGAAAUUCUGUCAGGAAAUGCGAGCAAUGAACGGAACCACGAAAAGAUUUUGGACGAUAUGCUCAAGAACCUAUCUAAAUACCCUUGGAUUGUUGAUCAGUUUUUUGCCUUGGCAAACGAAGAAGUUGGUCAACAGGACGACCACCUAUGGGAAUUCAUCCAAAAUCGGACACUAAUUGAAAUGGACAAGGAAAAUGCUUCGAAAGCUAAUUUAGACGCCAACCAAAUCAUCGACAUGAUGAAGAACGACAUUGGCAGCAGUGCCAUCGUUGGUGGCCUCCACAAACAAAAAAAGCUCAUCGAGCAGGUGAGAGAAAUCAAACGUUUAGCAUUGGAAGAGCGGAAGUCGUGGGAUAACCCCAAAAUCAAAGAAUGGAGUGAAAAUCGAAAGAAAGUUUCAAAAUCCGUACGACUGGAUCCUGCCGAUUUCUUGUCCGUCGCUUUUCUGGCUGUCGAAUUAAAAGAAAAACAUCAUUUGCGUGACGCUCAACUCUUGGCAGUCUUGAUCUUCGUCUCUUCGGCUAACCAGCAAAGUGGGUCUCAAAUCGGACGUAGAAUGGCCCAGAUUUCGACUGGUGAAGGGAAAACGCUCAUCACUGCCUUAUUGGUUGUGUAUCACGUGCUGAACAACUGGUCCAACGGCCGGCGUUUCGUCGACAUCAUCACCAGCUCGUCGGUUUUAGCCGAGGAAAAUGUGAAAGAGAUGCAAUGGUUCUUUGACCUUUUUGGGAUUGUGGUGGCAAACAACUGCGAUGCAGCUUGCACCGGGGACGAGAGCCUUCGCUGUAAACGUUACAACAGUGACGUCAUUUAUGGCGACAUGUCCAGCUUCCAGCGCGACAUCUUGUUAAGUAAUUUCUUCUCCGAACGAAAAAUCACCGGCGGUCGAAAAACUGGAGCCAUCGUCGUCGACGAGGUUGACAGUAUGCUGCUGGACAAGGGUGAAAACAUCCUCUACUUGUCGCACAAAAUACCAGAAAUGGACGAUCUGACCCAGGUGUUUGUGGAAAUUUGGAAUGCCGUUCACGCACCUGACGUGGCCAUGAGCGAUGAGAGCGCCCAAGCCAAAGUCUACCGUUACAUGAAAUUGCGACUAGAAGAAGGCGAAAUUGCGAUCCCGAAAUGUCUGGACACUUAUGUCCAUCGCCAUCUUUUGGCAUGGACGCGCAAUGCUUUCCGUGCCAAAAACCUGGUGACGACCAAAGAUUCCUACAAAGUGGACGAUGUCGGCGACGGCCGUGGCCAACAGAUUGUCAUUAUGGACAAAGAGACGGGCGUGGAACAGGCCUCAAUGCACUGGUCCCAAGGACUGCACCAAUUCAUCCAGCUGAAACACACCCUCAAACUGAGUCCAGUCUCACUCAAAGCCAUUUUCAUGUCCAACAUUGGCUUCUUCAAACAGCACGAAGGAGCGGCCCUGUACGGCAUGACGGGCACGCUGGGCUCGACCGCCGAAUGCCAGUUGCUCCACGACGUGUUCAACGUCGAUUUCUUCAAGAUGCCACGAUUCAAGCGACGCUUCUGCCUCGAGGAAGAUCCCCUUUUGGCUUCUUCCAAAGGUAAAUGGCUGACAAACAUCGGUGAAGCGACCCAGACUCAACUGGAUCAGGGACGAGCUGUUCUGAUUGUCUGCGAGAACAUUGCAGCAGCCGAAGCAAUCUACAAAAAACUACUACUACAAAGCGAUGAUAAGACAAAGGCGUCCAAGAUUGUCAAGUACGUAAGUUCCUUUGACACAGAGUUUCAGACGAAGCAACGCAAUACAGCGUUGGGUCCUGGUGACGUGAUUGUGGCUACCAAUUUGGCCGGACGGGGAACAGAUUUUAAAAUCAAUGAGCAACUGGCCAAAAAUGGCGGUCUGCACGUCGUCAUCGGGUACAUGCCGCCAAACGCUCGAGUCGAGGCCCAAAUCGAAGGACGAGUGGCAAGAGCUGGGCAACCGGGCAGCUUUCAGUUUGUCCUCUGCCAUUCCAGUGUCAAGAGCAAAGAGGAUUCGAUAUCUGAGCUCCUUCGACUCAAAGUGAAAAGAGACGAUAAAGAAUGUCGCCGAUUGGAAACGAUUCGCAACCGCGGACUUGAAAAGAUUUACCUGGAGGAGAAGCUGUUUGAUCGAUUCCAUCAAGAAAUUUACAACAAAAUGAAAAAGGAAUUUGCCGACCGCCCUGACUGCGAAAUGCAAAUGAAAUUUUUGACAAAUCGCUGGGCUUUGUGGCUCGACGAGAACGCCGAGCACAUCAACAACGUUCACCUGAAAAAGACUGAUAAUGUGGUCGAGAAGAAUUUUCAGAAUUUCAAGAAAGAAUGUCAGGGUCUUCGCCUUCUUCCCCUUGCAUUCGCACUGACACCAUCGGAGCUAAUGUUGCUGGGAGAUUUCUACGAAACUUCUCCAAAAGUAAAAACUGAUGUAACCAAAAGUGGCUUGUGCUAUGAUAAGGUCAUAAAAGAUGAACCCAAUGCCUGUGAAGAAGCCCUGAUGCGGAAGGUUAAACUGAUAUUGCAGAAGGCCACUUUUGAUCAAAAGAAAGAAGCAAAAGUUUUAUUGAAACAAGUCAAGAGUUUGAUCAAACAGAAAAUGGAGUUCCUAACGUCCACGAGCGAACUUGUCAAACUCACAUCCCAAACGAAUCAGAAGGCCGGCGGUGCAGUCCCGAGCGAAAAUCGUUUCGAAGAACAAAUCACCAACCAGUUGAGUCUUUUACAAAUUCAUCUGACGGCGGUGGAGGACAUUCUAGGACGGCCAGUUCGUCAGAUGUUGGGCAUGUACUUCCAUAAAGAAGAGGAAUUCCGUGAAUUGUUAAAUGUCAUCGAGGCAGGCGCAGGUUUAUGCACACCGUAUCGCUUGACCAAGAAAAUUAAUUUCUUCAAAACAGACAACGAUGAUGAAGCCAUUUGUAUCAAAAUAAACCACCAGACUCAAAAGAAGGUCAAAUGGCCGUCAUGUCUAGACCACUGCCAGACGCAAACCAUUCACCUCUUCAAGGCAAAACACCAAAAGAAAUCUUACGCAAUCGAGAAAAAGGAACUGGAAAGUGUCAUCGUGACUAGAGAUCAAUUGUGGGAAACGCUUAUUGAAGAAGGAUUCGUCGGUCAAGAGGAAAUGAUCGAACAGCAAAUUAUCUGUUGGGCGAACAAAGAGAUGGACGAUGAAUCAGUCAAGAAACUACUGGACAAUUUACCUAAAGAACUGAUUGAGUACAAUGGCCUCCUGGUGAAUUGGCUUCAAAGUCACGAGGGUGAAGACUAUGCAACAGCAGUGGGGACAUUGGGACUCGGCCCUGAACAUUCGUCUGUACUAGAAGAAUUUUUGAAAACCAACAAGAUCCUGUUGUACGUGGAUGAACGCCAUGGGAAACUUUUGAAGACGCUAAACUUCAAAUCCGAUACCGAUCUGCCUGCUAAACUGAGAAAACAUUACUGUCUCUUGUCAGCCUGGACACUAUCAGUCGACGGAGCUCAAAUGGAAAUCGACGACGACGUGUCCAGAGAAGAUCUUCCGUGCCCGAAGGACAGUAGGGAAGCAGUCGACCAAUUAUGGAAUUACCUGAUCGAGCAGGGCGUCAUCAAAGAAAGCAAAAUCGUAUUCUCUCAUGGACUGAGAUCCGACAAGGAUAAAAUUGAAGAGCGGAAAAAUCAGAUAAAAACAACUCUCGAUACCUCAUUGUCCUCUGUGAUUGAUGACAUUUGUAGGAGACACCGCCCUGUCCCAGAACCCGUGACGGAAGUGUCCUACACCGAUAUCCCAGCUUACUUGGCCGAUAAUAAGAUGUCAGCCAUUACCACUGCCUUCGAAUCCACAAAUCCAUUUGCUAUGAAAGAACUGUUUAAUCGUGAAAAAGAAAACAUGAAAAAAUGGUUGACAGAGCAACAGAAGAAGCAACAUCUGGAUGCUUACCGCGCCGAAGUGAAUAUGGCCUUGGAAAAAAGCAUCGGGCAACUCAAGACCAUUCCGAGGGUGACGGCCUCUUUCCAGCCAUUGUCCAAGUAUUUCAUGUCUGAUCCCAAUACGAAACGUUUCCCGGCCGAAGAGAUCCAGAGCUUCCAAGACAAGACGUUCGACGGGGUCAUCACCUUGAAGGCAGUUAAAUCAUGGGGAGAUUAUUGGGAUUGGCGAGUUUUCUUCGUCGCCAUGUUCGCCGUUGCGCAAAUCUCAGCUGGCGCAGCCGUAAUUGCGUUAUCCGGUGGAACUAUGUCUGUUUUAGGUGGAGCGUUAAUAGCCGAAGGUGUCGGAGAUAUGUUGUUCGCCAUCCAGAACGGCGUGUCUGGAUCUUUUAGCUGGUCAAGUUACGGCUCGCACAAGUUGUGGAGCGUUGGUGUGACUAUUGCUACUGCUGGAUUAAGCUCCUACUUGACUAAAGGAGCAAUUGCGGGCAAGGCGGCUAUGACCGGUUUCCAGGGUAGAGCAGGAUUAUCCCUCUUCUUUGCUGCAGCCAAAAAAGGUCUGGCCAAAUGCGGCAAAGCCAUUCUCUCGUAUUUGACCAGUUUGGGUGUCGACAAGUUUCUCACCUGGCUCAAAACAUUCAUCAUCGAAAACAUAAUUGUUCACAUCAAGUUCCUCAUCAGCAAACUGUUGUACCCGAUGUUUGACACAUUAGCGGCGAAGCUAGAGAAAAUAUGGGCAUUGAUGAAGAAACUGGGACGUCAAGUGGGCGAGGCCAUCGGAUUGAUUAACGCCGACCUGGAUAAAGCUAGCACUUCAGAAUUGUACACAAUUUGGGGCAAGCGUGUUGUCGGCCAAGUUACUUCGUUAACCAGUUCCAUCGGUGGUUGUUUCGCCGAGUCAGGGGAUGUUUGGAAAGCUCAGGGCACAGAAGAAUUUAAAGCGAACGAUGCGGUAGGAAUAAACAGCAAGAAAACAUCUUUUAAAUUCGUCGAGUACGCCAAAAAAGCCACGACAGUCGUCAAAUAUCUGAAAAACGGAGCAGAAAUUCUUGGUCUCGUCAGCUACGCUCCAGAAUACGUCAACAAUGUCAACCAGACGCUGGAUGCAAAGAUAAGGAAAUUGGAGGAUGAGAUUGAGAUUGAAGAGGAGAAAAAGAAAUCCACUGCUGCAGUCCAAUACCAUCAAAUAAUAACAAGUGAUAGUGAAAGUUUCGAAUCGGAGGAUGAAGUGGAAUCUGACGACGACGAUGCGACUGAAUCUACUAUGCUCAGUACUGCUGCAACGGAGAGGAGUACCUUUAACCAGUUCAAGGAAAAAGUCAAGGGACGAGUUGAAGGAGACAUUUCCAAGUUCAUGGUUGACAGCGUCACAAGAGCCUGGGUUCAACCGUGGCUCCAAAGCAAAAUUGAAGGCAUGGUCGAGCACUACGGCAAAAAGACUUUCCAGGCAAUCGGCUCAAUGUGGCAGGGCUCAGGAACGAUCAAUUCUGCUGACCAGGGAAACAAUAAAGGAGACCAGCAAACGGCCAGUGCAGAGAAUGCGGAGGCUGAUGCCGAGAAACUCAAAGAUUUGCUCGGCGAGGACGGUUGCGAAAUCCAAAAGGAUCGCAAUGGCAAUGCCGUUGUUGAACCAAAAACAUUCGAAGAAGUGGUCGACGGUAUAGGCAGUGGUAAAACAGCCGGCCUUCUUGAAAUGCAAAUGAUUGCCGAUGCCCUGAAUUGCAAACUUGAAAUCGUCGACACAGUGGGCGACUUUGCCAAAAACGGAAGUGGAUCAUUCGAAAUCGAUCCGGAAGGCAAGGCGACUGGAACAAUUCAAGUCAAGUACACUGCCAACGAAGACGGUACCAAACAUGUCACCUUAAUCGGACCUGAUGGGAAAGAAAUUGAAAUACCGCCCGCAGUUGACGCCAACGGCCAACCUGCCCCACCCAACAGAUGCCUUUACGACGCUGUCGCCAAAUCCCAGAAUUGUUCGACUGACCAGCUAUUGAAUCAAGUUAAAACCCACGCCACUGGCAACAAAAUGGCUCGUUAUUUGUACGACGAAAAAGUGGGCGAAGCUUGUCCGGGAUUAAGAGUCGGCAACAGAACAAGAAAAGAAGGUAGCAAACCGGCUGAAAUCUACCUCCAUCGGGAUGAAGAGGGUAAGGUGCGUACUGUUGCAGCUUCCGUAACGAAAGAGAACAUCGGUGGUGGCAGUAAUGUUACCAAUUCCAUGUACAAAGCUUUGAACGACGCAGGAAGAAAGGGAGAACCCAAUCCUACGACGACUGAUGGGAAUAAUACAGAUCAAAAUGACCAGCAGAAAUAUCACGCUGGACACGUAAUUGGCUUUGAAAGUGGUGGAAAAGGUGGCCUAAAAGAAAACAACGUAGUAAAUAUGGCGCCUGAACUCAAUUUGGGACCAUACAAGGAAUUAGAAACGGAAUUCCGCAAACUCGUCGAAGUUUCGGAUGGUCCAGUUCACAUCAAUAUUGACAUAGACGAAGACAUCCUAUCAAAGGACGUCGAUCCCUUGAAUCCCAAACAUUUUCGUAUCCGUUGGUCUUCGGAUGAUGGAGAGACGAUCUACAGAAGUCCUCUAUUGAAGAACACGAAAGAGGGUGUACAAGAAUACAAAGAUACACCCCGAGCUGAACGAGAUGAAUAUUUUCAAGGGGAUCAUUAUAAGGAUCAACGGAGUCAACAGAAUGCAGUUAAAAACUAUCCCAAACCUCCUGAAAAACCCAUCUUAGUGGCUCAGCCGGGAGAAUCGCCGAACGACACCAUUAUACGAUCUAUUUACUCCAAAGGGAAAAAAGAGACGGAAGACACCAAAUUCAAAGGAUCAUUGUUGCGUUCAAACAUAAAAUACCCGCAGCCUGUUAACACGACCAAAUCAGGGACAGGGAAAAACACUAAGCCUAUUGGUGCUGCUUCGUCAACAUCAGAUGAAUCGCUUAAGGCAACUCCACAGAAACGACGCGACAUGCAACCAGAGGAAGAUGGAGUCAAGAGGCUUCAACAGUAGCCAAUCAAUAAUCAUUCCCAUUUCCAACGCAAUAAAUAGUGUAGCAUUUUGAAAUGCCGACCGUAUUUUAACUUGACUUAAUAAAUGACAUAGCAUAUAUAAACCAAACAAACAAUUAAAA